AUGGAAGUGUAUAGAUCCGAAGAAAGUCUUUCGGCACGUGUAGAGGCACUUGAGAAGACAUUUCAAGAAUGGAGAGUCAAAAUAUCUGACUCGAUACUUCUUGGAAGCCUUGUUAAGAUCCAAGAAGAGGAAGAAGAUCGUGAAAAUCUGUUGAAAACAGUGGAAAGAGUUACCACAAAAGGUGUCAAAUCAAAUCUUGAGAAAUUAGAAAUUAAGUUUGACGGUUAUAAACACGAAAGCUCAAUUAAACUAGCCUUCCUUGAGAAAUAACUCUGAAAUCGUUGAAGGAAAAAUUGAUGAUUUAAGAGCUAAGCAGUCUGACAUAGCCUAUAAUUUAAAAAUUAUUUCCGAGGUAUUUCAUCAAAAAGCUGAUGUAACUGAGCUAAAUAAAGUCCACAAGCAAAUGAGCCAUUAUGCGCCUCUACAUGAAUUCAGAGACCUCCAACAACAACUUGUAAUGGAUUAUGCUAGAAAUGAUGAAUUUGAAAUUUGACAGAAAAAUGUUUCUGAGCUCAGAGAUAUUACAGACAAUAAGAUUGACACAAAGACAGCUCAGGACAAAUUCAAAAAUCUAGAGUUCCAAUUUAGCCAAAAACUUAUUGCUUACGCUAAAAAUCAAUACCUUGAUGAACAACUCACCACAUUGAGGGAGGAAAUGAAAGAAGUUCUUGAUAAAGUCCUUCUAGCAUCAGACGAUCUCAAAACUAUGAAAAGUUUCUCUGAAAUGUUCAGUACUAAACUGAAGGUAAAAAUUGAAUAUAGUGACCUUAAAGAGGGCUUAGAUUCAAUAAAGUCACAGUUUGGCAAUUUCUGUUCCUACGAACACAUCAAAAAUAUGAAUGCAAAAAUAGAUCCCUUCAUGAAGCAAGUUGACACUUUGCUGACAACAUACACAGAUGAUAAUAAAUAAGGCUAAGGAAAUGAUAAGAAGAUUUGACGAAGUUUUACUAGAAAAAGCAUCAAAAUUCAACUUGGAGGAACUCAAGAUCGAGUUGAAAUAAAUACAUUCACUCUAAGAGCUUUCAAGAGUUUCUUUCCCAGCUAUCAUCAGAUCAGGCCAAGGCUCAUAAAGAAAUUGAGCAGUUAUAAACCAAAAGGUCGAAAAUAUUGAAAAGGGGUAUUCCAAAUAAGAUCGACCAGAAAAUGGAGUGCUCAUUGAAGGAUGUCAAAAAGAAAGUCUUUGAAACUAUUGGUGGAAAACCUAUCACCGCAAAUGAGCUUGAUAAUCUACUUAAGCUGAAAGCAGAUAAGAAAGAUGCAGACUUUCUUUGGAAAUCUAAAGCUUCCCGUCAGGAAAUUCAGGAUCAUUCAAAAAGCAUCGAGCAACUUAAGUACCAAUUAGAAGAAGCUCUUGUGUUGAUGAUUCAGUCAAUUAAGAAUGGUAUUAUCUGGCAUAGUGAGAGUAAGAACUCUGUGAUAAACCAGAGCGCUUCAAACCUUCAACAACUUAGCAAUCUCUACAAUUUUGUUAAAAAUAGGAAUAAGGAAUCUGGCUUAGGAACUCUUGACUUAAACAGGACUCAUACUCGCAGCAUUCAUACUAACAGAAGUGUUUUACCAGAGCCUGCUGUGAAGUUGAUAGAAAAUAGAAGGACCUCUCAACAUUCCAGAGUUCUAAACAAUUCGUCAUUAGAUGUACCUCAAAUUAAACGUUCUGAGAUGAUUUCCAGGAAUAAGUUAAUCUCAGCAAUCUCGAAGAAAAAGAGAGUGAACCUGAAGUGCUUCAACUUCAAUGAGGCUUUUAGCAAGUUCUCGAGUGUUCAACUAUCUGGUUUUACUCGGUCAAGGCAGUCUGUCUCGAAAGCUCUGAAGAGCAGCAAGAAUUCCUAAGAUUUGAAUCUUCAAUAUCAAAAA